AUGGCCUCACAACCGCACCAAGAGCCGCCUUCGUACACCGAAGAGCCAGCGCCAGCCUCUACACAGAUACCAAUCGAGCCACCGACAUACGACGAUGUCGCUGAAUCGCAACCACGCGACCAGCUAAUGACAGAGGAGCUGCCAUGCCUCAUCAUGGACGAUUGCUUCAUCUAUGCGGAAUCACAACCAACAAAUUCACUCCACGAGUUGAGCAACCCUCCUACAACCGACAAGUCCGCAGCAUUCGCUGUCGAGAAAUUCAUCUACCGUCUGACCACCAACGACGGCGAGGGUGCACUUCGCCAACGCAAGUGA